AUGGUAUCUUCACCAAAUCAUACAAAUCUGGCAGAGUCCCAAGAACUUCCUUUUAGGAAAGUGGAUUUGGCUGAAAUUGAGUUUCGCAAGUUCUCCACAAAAUCGGUGAGUGAAAGUUACCUAUACUACGAGAGUAUAUUCGGAACGAUAACGCAGCUACAAAGAUUCACUAUUAGAUACCAUCUUUCGAUAUUAUAUAUUAAGUGCUGGUAUGUACACCUUGUUGUUGAAAACCUAAAACUAGAUUCCGCUGCAGUGAAAACGGUUAGUAAUACAUUCAGCUCUUCUGAUUAUCUUCUAAGAAGAGCAUUGAAAAAACAUCUCCUAGUUUUGAAAAAUGUGAUAACAGCUAUUUAAAGAUACAUGGCAAACGUCUAUAUCCACCUACUUCAUCUGGAGCCAUUUACGUUUAUCAAUCUUUAUAUUCAGCAACCAAUCCAACCGUACCACAAGUAUCAUUUUUAUUGUAAAGCUAUAGGCAGGAUUUGCUGGUAUUAAUAAAAUCCCAUUUUAUUUAUUAUAUUGUCAAAUGCUAAAUAAAUAUGAUUAGUUAA